CCCAUACCUGUCUUGCCUAGUCAUCAGUCAUCAAAGACAAGAGUGUUGGCGGACGGAGACUGCCUUCCCCUCAGGAGCCUACACGAACAUGUAGCCCUCAGGCCAUAUCCAGGCGAUUUCCUCAAGCCCACAGAAAUCCACGGCCUCACUCACCAAGAUGGCCGAACAGCCGACCGCCCUGAACACAACAUCAGCACCCCCUGAACGCAAUGUCCAGCGAGCUGAGGACACCCUCCCGGUGCUAGAAAUCGAGGAAGAGGAGGAUGAUUCCUCACCGACAGAUUCCGCGCUUGGCAGCACCGGUAGCCCAAGCUACGCCACAUCCCUGCUCUCCGAGGUAAAAAAUUACAAGUACGAGAACGGCCGUCGAUACCACUCCUACCGCGAAGGGCAGUGCGUGCUACCAAACGACGAGCAAGAACAAGACCGCGAGGACCUAUUACACCACGUUCGCAAUCUGCACUUCAGCGGAGAUCUGUUCCACGCCCCAAUCCCAGAAGAUGUUGAACACGUUUUCGACAUUGGCACUGGCACAGGUAUCUGGGCCAUCGACUUCGCAGACACACACCCCAACGCCCGGGUAAUCGGUUCCGACCUUAGCCCCAUCCAACCCGCCUGGGUCCCUCCGAACCUCGAAUUCUUCGUCGACGACGUCGAAGCCGACUGGACCUUCAAACGAGACUACUUCGACUUCAUCCGCGCAUGCGACCUGGGAGGUUCGAUUGCUGACUGGUCGAAGCUGCUGCGUCAAGCCUAUGCACACAUGAAGCCCGGCGGAUGGCUGGAACUAUCCGACUUUGAGAUGGAGCAUUUCUCCGACGACGAUACACUUCACCUGGCACCCUCGCUGGGCGAGUUCUUCCGAUUGCUGAUUGAUGCGAGUACGAAGUUCAACCGGCCGAUGAAUGUGGCGGCGGAGCACCAGAAACAGAUGAGAGACGCGGGAUUUACGGAUGUCAAGGAGAAAAUUUACAAGUUCCCAAUGGGUCCCUGGGCCAAAGAAAAGCGACUGAAAGAAGCCGGUCGGUUUCAUCGCGAGGUCAUGAUUAUGAGUCUCGAGUCAUAUGCUCUUGCGCUCUGCACUAGGGUCCUCGGAUGGUCUCCGGUGGAGGUUGCGGUUUUCCUGGCUUCUGUGCGGAAAGAGCUGAGGGAUCCAAGGGUGCAUAUCUAUGGCAAGUUUCAUGUUGUGUGGGGAAGGAGACCGAGCGAGUAGGGGUGGCUCAGGUAGCGUGUGCUUCAUGAUGAUUAACGAUCUUUUCUCAACAUACUAAUCCGCAUGAUGUGUUACAGUCUGUUGUUGCUAAGAGCAAAUAAUGGACAUAAAUGAGCGACUAGUAGUACUUGGAUAUGUACACGAAACCACAUUCAUAAGCUCAGGAAUCCAAGACUUUAAUCCAACG